UGGUGGUGGUGUGAGAGGGAGGGAGGGAGGGAGGGAAGGAAGGAAGGAGGGGAAGUGGCUCUUGGUUCCGCUCAGUCUCGCCUCGCCCCGCACGGGAAGGGGGAGCCGAUCUGAAGGGGCUUUUGGUGGCGGGGAGGCCGGGGCCUACUGCUGCUGCUGCUGCUGAUCGGUCGCUCGGGUCGGGUCGCUCGCUCGCUCGGUUUACCCGGGAAUGUUCCACCGCAGCAGGAAAGAUCGAGAUAGAGACCGAGACAAAGAUUAUGAUCGGUCCAAAGACAGAGAUCGAGACCGCGAUAGGGACCGAGAUCGGGACCGAGAUCGAGAUCGAGAGAAAGAUUCAAGAAAUUUAUCCAGUCCAAACUUGAUGACGGGUGGAAUGCCUUUAAUCACAGCUCCAGCACUUCAUCAGCAGGCUAUCAAUCCCUUCACCAACCUGCCCCACACACCACGCUACUAUGAGAUCCUGAAGAAGAGACUACAGUUACCUGUGUGGGAUUACAAGGAGAGGUUCAACGAAAUCCUUACCAAACAUCAGUCCUUUGUGUUGGUCGGUGAGACUGGCUCUGGGAAAACAACACAGAUUCCUCAGUGGUGUGUUGAUUCUGUGCGUGCUGUGGUAGGACCCAAGCGUGGCGUAGCUUGUACUCAACCCAGGAGGGUGGCUGCCAUGAGCGUAGCACAGAGAGUAGCUGAUGAAAUGGAUGUCAUGCUGGGUCAAGAGGUCGGCUACUCGAUUAGGUUUGAAGACUGCAGCAGUGCAAAAACAGUUUUGAAAUAUAUGACUGAUGGUAUGCUGCUCCGCGAAGCUAUGAAUGAUCCACUGUUGGAACGAUAUGGUGUAAUCAUCCUCGAUGAGGCCCACGAGCGUACUCUAGCCACAGAUAUUCUUAUGGGUGUCUUAAAAGAGGUUGUGAAGCAAAGAUCAGAUUUGAAGAUUAUCAUCAUGAGUGCCACACUUGAUGCUGGCAAGUUUCAAAUCUACUUCGAUAGCUGCCCGCUGCUUACAAUUCCUGGUCGUACACAUCCUGUAGAAAUCUUCUACACCCCAGAACCUGAGAGAGAUUACCUGGAGUCAGCCAUUCGGACAGUUAUUCAGAUCCAUAUGUGCGAAGAAGAGGAGGGAGAUGUUCUCCUCUUUCUAACUGGUCAGGAGGAAAUUGACGAAGCUUGUAAGAGGAUAAAGCGAGAAAUUGAUGACCUGGGUCCUGAAGUUGGAGACAUCAAGAUCAUUCCUCUCUAUUCCACAUUGCCUCCCCAGCAACAGCAGAGGAUAUUUGAGCCUCCGCCUCCAAAGAAACCAAGUGGAGCCAUAGGAAGAAAGGUUGUUGUGUCCACAAACAUCGCUGAGACUUCACUUACCAUUGAUGGUGUCGUAUUUGUGAUUGAUCCGGGCUUUGCUAAACAGAAGGUGUAUAACCCACGUAUCCGAGUUGAAUCGUUGUUGGUGACCGCUAUCAGUAAGGCUUCAGCUCAGCAAAGAGCAGGUCGUGCUGGGCGUACCAGACCAGGAAAAUGUUUUAGACUUUACACGGAGAAGGCUUACAAAACCGAGAUGCAGGACAAUACCUAUCCUGAAAUCUUGAGAUCUAACCUGGGUUCAGUGGUUCUGCAGCUGAAGAAGCUUGGUAUUGAUGAUUUGGUUCACUUUGAUUUCAUGGAUCCACCAGCUCCUGAAACACUGAUGAGGGCCUUGGAACUUCUGAAUUAUCUGGCUGCACUGAAUGAUGACGGAGACCUGACUGAGCUUGGAUCCAUGAUGGCAGAGUUCCCAUUGGAUCCACAGUUGGCCAAGAUGGUUAUUGCCAGCUGUGAACACAACUGUUCAAAUGAGAUCCUCUCUAUCACUGCGAUGCUGUCAGUCCCACAGUGUUUUGUUCGCCCAACGGAGGCUAAGAAAGCAGCUGACGAAGCCAAGAUGAGGUUCGCACAUAUAGAUGGAGAUCACCUGACCCUGCUGAACGUCUACCAUGCAUUCAAGCAGAACCAUGAGUCGGUUCAGUGGUGCUAUGACAACUUUAUUAACUACAGAUCCCUGAUGUCUGCUGACAACGUACGUCAGCAGCUGUCACGAAUCAUGGACAGGUUCAACUUGCCUCGCAGGAGUACAGAAUUCACGAGUCGAGACUAUUACAUAAACAUUAGAAAGGCAUUGGUCUCUGGUUACUUUAUGCAGGUGGCUCAUUUGGAACGAACAGGUCACUAUCUGACGGUAAAAGACAACCAGGUUGUGCAGCUGCAUCCAUCCACUGUAUUGGACCACAAACCCGAAUGGGUACUUUACAAUGAGUUUGUACUUACCACCAAGAAUUACAUUCGCACCUGUACAGACAUCAAGCCUGAAUGGUUAGUGAAGAUUGCUCCUCAGUACUACGAAAUGAGCAACUUUCCUCAAUGCGAAGCCAAAAGACAACUGGAGCGCAUUAUUGGCAAACUUCACUCGAAGGAAUAUUCUCAGUACUGAAGUCAUUCUUCACAAUUAUGAUGGAGGCCAGAAAAUUGCAGAUUUCAUAUUGAAGAAAUAUGGACUUCAGAUUCUGCUCAACGUAACAAAUUUAAUUACAGUCUACUAAAGAAAACUAUGGAUGUUUUUUUCAAAUGGCUGGACAAUUCCUCACUUUAUUUUUUAAAAACCUUGUUUAUGAUGGGUUGUGUAACACUGUGUUGAGCAACAUAGCAUGUUGCUGGUGUUAUGUGGCUUUUUUUAUUGUUACGUUGACUUUUGUCACAAACCCUGUUUGGUUUUGAGAGGUUGGGGGGGUGGGGGGGGGGGGGGGGUGGGAGAGAACACAUGUUUCAAAAUAAUGCUGUAACUGUUAAUUUUUAAAGAGUUUCAUCAUUAUUAAAAUCCUGUCUGCAUUUCUCAUAGCGAUUCGGAGUUGACAUUUAAAGUAUGUAUUUCUCAACCACAUACUGCAUGAUCCUACCCAUGUUAACAUUCUUACUAGAACGUUGUAGGGAGUUCUAAAGAACUUGGAAAACUUGCAUACGUAGGAGCCUCUGAAUUUUCCCAUCACCAGUUUUUGACUUAAAUAAAAGUACAGUGACAAGAACAGUU